UGACCACCAGCCGUUCGCCGCUGUCAGUAGGCUGCCGUUCAUCUUUUUGAGCAGUCUUGUGCAAUACUUUCGGUGUGGUAUUUUCGUGUCUCUGUGUUUCUCGUCAACAUCAAGUGUUUGUUUCAAAAAAAGGAAAACAGAUUAUCAUAAGUAGCCGUAAUUAAAUGCGGAAAGUUUGUACUGUUUUGUGUCGUAGAAUAGCGGCGGCAACUCGCCGACGAAAACCCUACGAAAAAUACUGUCGAAAAGUGAACUGAAUAGAGGUAACAGCAGCAAAUUAAGGAAAACUACUACGAAACAGAUUCUCCUCAGUUACCAGCAAAAAGAUGGUCGACUCCCAAGAACUCAACGGCGACUACAAGGAAGAGAUUGAGAUCGACAGCGAGACAGAGAUGUUUCCCUUGUUGGGAAAUUCGCAGCAAUACGAACUGAAGGAUCUGGACAGCCAAACGAUGGAGCUGUUCAACAGCCAAACGUACGCGAAUGACGCCACGAUGGUGUUGAACUGUGGCGACAUCACUACCUCGGCCACCGAUUUCGAGCUCCCGAUCUCGGCGAAAGCCCUCGAUAGUUUGCUGCCGAACCAGGCGAUCGAUCUGGAAGUGUACGCCACAAACAUCGACUGCAAGCCGACGACCACCUGUCUCGAGUAUCUGAAACAGUUCCCUUCGCUGGAGAAGCUCUUUCUGCCCUGGAUCAACUUCCGGGUGAACCUACCGAGCGAGGCUAGCGACAAAACCAGCUGGAUGUACUCGGAGAAGCUGCACAAGCUGUUCGUUAAAAUGGGAAACACGUGCACCUUCAAUGUGUCCCUUUCCGCCUCUCCGGAGAUCACCACGAGCGUUCGUGCGAUGGUGGUCUGCUCGGCUCCGGAAGAUCUUCACCAUCCGGUGUCGCGGUGCGAUAAUCAUCGAUGCAGCGAUAUUCAGAACAUUUCCGAUGACAUAAAGCAGCACAUCGUGCGCUGUAAGAACGAGCAGGUGGAAUACGUGGGCACCAAAGAUGGAAAAAUCUUCGAGGACCGGUUAGCGGUGGUGAUCCCUAUGGGUUACUCCGGUAAAACCGGCAUCACGUUGGAGUUUGUCUGUCAGAACUCUUGUCGGAACAUAAAUCGCCGAGCUACGGCACUGGUUUUCACCCUGGAGGAUGAGAGUGGCCGCAUACUGGGCCGCGAGACGUUCCAGAUUAAGAUCUGCACGAAUAUCAAACGAGACAAGUUAAACGAAGAGAAGACUGCGGUGGAGGAGAACAUUCGCAAGCGCAAAGCGGAACCGGUCGAGUUUAAACGAGGCAAAAAACUGAUGCGAUCCCAACAGCAUCAGCAGCAGCAGCCACGAAUAAAGGAGGAAGCGGGUACCAGGCGGUGCGAUAUCGAUCCAGUUUUGGUUCAAAUUUCACUACCCAACCGCCGGAUGGCCAAACGCAUGCUCGAGAAUGCGAUUGGGCUCGUCUCGACGGCCAUCGUGCACUCGUCUGACGAGACCGAAAAAAACCAGUUGAUGCAAUUCGUACAUGACAUACGACGGAGCAAAUCCACGAUCGGGUUGUCGAAUAGCCAGAGCAGCGUGGAUAGUGAACAAAAUUGAUUUCAUGCGGGCAUGAGAACGUCGUAUCAUUUUACUACUUAUUACUUUUAAACCAGUGAAUAGAAAGUAAUUGUGUUAAGUUUAUAAGAUAGGCUAUAAAGUAUUGUAAACAAAUUUUACCUGAGCAUUUAGUAUUAAGGAUGAAAUAUUUUUUAAUCAUGAUGAAAACAAACCCAACAGAGGUUAUAUAUUAAAACAAAUUAGACCCAAGA